ACUGACCUUUUCUCUCCUCUCCACCUUCGGUCCGCCUCCCCCUCUCUCCCUAUUUAUUCCAGUUCCCUCUCCCCGUCCCCCUCUCUGAUGAAGGGUCUAGGCCCGAAACGUCAGCUUUUGUGCUCCUGAGAUGCUGCUUGGCCUGCUGUGCUCAUCCAGCCUCACAUUUUAUUAUUUUAGGAGAGAGAGCUGUUUUGGUUUGUGAUACAAGAGACGAGGCUGUCUAUGCCUUUCACCCAUCGGUAGCUCUCCUCCUGUCCCUGCCUCUAUGCACACACUCUGCCAGGCAUAGUCUUCCUCCCUCUGUGUGUGUGUGUGUGUGUGUCUCUCUCUCGCUUCAGCUCCUAAAACCUAAGAUGCAUCGGAUAUAAAAACACGCACAUAAACACACACACACACACACACACACACAUCAACAAGCCAUGGAGAAAGAUCAGGAAUUACUGCAAGCUGUCAAAACCGAAGAUGUUGCUCCUGUGGCUCCUGUACAAUCUUGCUCCGCCAUGCGGCAGGGUAGGAGCAUUGAAAGCAGAUCUCAGCUCUUGUGGAGAGAGAGAGCGUGAGGCAGCGGCUGCGAAACGCGAUGGGGGUGAGGACGGACUGAAGAACCAUGGCAUCGCCGCUGUGUACUUAGUGCAGCAAUGCAGAAGCUGUUGCAAAGGCCGAAACAAGGCAAAGCGAGACACAAUCAUCGCCUUGGAAGCUUCAUCACGAUACUACUUUGCAUUUCUGAAGAGGGAAGAAGAAAUCAACAUGAAAAUUCAAUUCCAUGGUUUUGGAAGUCCCAUUGAGAACACGAUUCAUUUGCGCCGGCAUAAUGCUCUGACCGAGAAAGAAUUGAAGGACACAAUCAUCGCCUUGGAAGCUUCAUCACGAUACUACUUUGCAUUUCUGAAGAGGGAAGAAGAAAUCAACAUGCAAAUUCAAUUCCAUGGUUUUGGAAGUCCCAUUGAGAACACGAUUCAUUUGCGCCGGCACAAUGCUCUGACCGAGAAAGAAUUGAAGUACCACGCUGAGUAUUGUUAUCCCGAUAGUUCUUUCGUAUCAGUCCGUGUGUAUUCCUGGGCGAAUGUGCUCGUGUGGUCUCAGGAGUUGCGGAGGUCACGGCUCUGGGACAGCCAUUUCAUCGCCCGAUGCUGCAGGAAAAAAGCAAUGAAAGUGCCGUUAAUUUUUUUGCAUGGCGAGCUGCUGUAUACGAACCGGUCUCACACCAUUACCAACACCUUGCCCUUGUGAAGGCAGAUAUGGAUCAGGUUCUCAAAGCUGAUAGAAGAUUGAAACCACUCUAAUCCUGUGACGAUGAACCUGCCCCGGAAGAGAGAGCCCAGAGAAUUGCCAAAGCUGUCCGCAAACAGUCAAUAGAAGUGAAGGAAAAUUGGGAACAACUGAAAAUCCGUGCGAGCAACUGGCAGAAACAGGUGGAAAAGGCGUUGGAGAAACUUCAAGAACUGCAGAAAGUUCUGGAUGAUCUUGAGGCUCAUGUGAUAACAGCUGAGGGGGUCCACACUGAUUGGCAACCUGUGAGUGACCUGCUUAUUGACUCAUUGCAGGAUCACUUUGAUAAAACCACAGGUCAGGACUAUCUUCAAAAUCUGAGAUUGGGUUUUGAAAGACAGCAGCCUUUGUUUUGGAGAGAUAAUGGGAACUGCAGAUGCUGGAGAAUGCGAGAUAACAACGUGUGGAGCUGGAUGAAGACAGCAGGCCAAGCAGCAUCUGAGCAGCUUUCCUGGAGCAAGUCUGUUUUCCUUCGGAUGAGACGACUUUCAGACAUACUCCCUUCAUUAUGAGAUUUAAUUGCGGUAAAAUGAGGAGGAUUUUUAUUCACUGAGACACACAUGACUAUAUGUUGAAAGCAUUGGAAAAAGCGUUCUGUUCGGACUGUCAUGUUAUCUGGUGUUUGUACCAGGCUUUCCGAUGAAAUGCAAGUGAUUAAGGAUGCUACUGAUGCCACAUGUUAUUACAAGAGGAAAUGAACAUACAAGUAAGGAUUUUAUGCCACAUUUAUACAUAGCAUGGGCCAUGCAGCAUGGAUGCAGUGACUGAGUGAAAUGGGAUGCAGUGACUGAGUGAAAUGGGAUGCAUUGACUGAGUGAAAUGGGAUGCAUUGACUGAGUGAAAUGGGAUGCAUUGACUGAGUGAAAUGGGAUGCAGUGACUGAGUGAAAUGGG